GCAUCGUCGUACAAGAGUGCAGUUGGUUGCAUCCCGCAGCACGCACAGCUUGCGGCGGCUGGUGGCAGUGUGUUAUGGUAGGAGAGACACGUUGCUCCUGGUCGUCGGGAUCGCCUUCACGCGCGCAAUCGUGCAGAUGAACUCGUUGGUGCGCGAUACAUGAGGCUUGAAGCAGCCGGUUACCGCCGUCACGCAUCGAGGGAGACUCUGUUGACCGAGGACGCCGGUACACGGCAUUAAGAGACGAUCAUGACGCAUCUCGCAUUGCUUUUGCGGAGGCUACCACUAGCUCUAGCAGUGAUAGCGAUAUGCACGACGAUAGCGGGAUCGUCGUCGAGCCGCGAGAGGAGACACGUCGAGGAAUCUAGUCAUCGCUCGGGCAAGCAAUACGCAUCGGAAAGCUGGGGCAGCGGGAAACUGUCGACGACGAACAACGAGAUCACCGCGGAACCCGGAAGAAAAGUAUCUCACCGACUGGUCGGAGGUCACCUGAGACUCGACACGAAACCCCAAGACGAUGGCGACUCGUUGUGGGAUGACGGAAUUCUCAUGUCAGCGGCCGGUGACGGCAAGGAGGGGAAAAGCACUCGCGGCGGCGGCGACGACGAGGACGAGAAGAAAACGCUCUCUCAGCAGGUCAAGGAGGGCAAGUACGGCCUCAUACAGAACGAGAUUUACGGCGAUCGGCCGAAACGGCCUGGCAUUAUCAGCUACGCCGGCAAUCCCGAAGUGCCAAAGGACACGAUCGACAAUCUGGGUGGUCUCGACGAGGACGAGAUCUGGCUGGCCGAGAAUCACGUGCUGGUGCUGAGGGGCGGGAAGUUUCCUGAACACGGAAGCGAGCAGGACGGUCAACGGCCGAGCGAUAACGCGAGGUGGCCUCCCAUCGACGAUUACAAGGCGCCCAGACGACAGGUCAAGAUCCCGGCGCGGCCGAAGAUACCGCCGCCCUUUCCAGUACAACUCAUGGAGGACGGACCGAUACAGAUCAUUGGCCCAAAUGGCACCACGGAGGACAUCGGUAACGGCACGCUCGACUAUAGCACCGAUCCCUUUUACACGAAGGGAUUACUACCGGGGGAGGGUCCGUUCUUUCCAAUCGCGCCGAACGGCACGAUACUCACCCCGGACUAUGGCGUUCCCCCGCGAAACUUUACUAUCGAGGAGAAGUCGCGCGGCAACAACGAGCACAAAGGACUAAGACCCGAAUUCCGUCCACCCGAGGGCCCACCAGACGGUCCGCCGCCGUUUUAUCACUCGAUACCACCCGGCGCGGUGUUCGUGCCACCACCGCCACCGCCGAGCAAUCUGUCAGACUACGACGAGGAGGAUCAGUCAAUUUACUAUCCGCCGCCGUACAGCUUCCACUAUCCGCGAGACAAUACAACCGCCGUGCCACCGGGACCGCUAGUGCCCGGCAUCAUACUACCACCGCCGCCGGACUUCUUCUCCUCCCUGGACGAGAAGAAGACCACGAAGAAGUACACAAAGCGACCGACGACGACUACACCGAGACCGCGGCCGACUUACCUACCGCCGAGGAAACUCACGACCAAGCAGUACAAGAACCCAUCCGACACACCGAUUCCGACGAUUAAGACAAUCUCCACGUCGAUCAGUAUGAAGGUCUCUUUCGGUCGUACGACUAAGAACGCUACAGACAGUUUCACGUCUAAGGAGAAAACGCCCACUGUAGAGGUGACGACAGUGACGUCCAAGAAACCGCACACUCUCGAGAACACAGAGAUAUACACCAUCAGCCCCGUGAUCGGCAAUCAAGUGUCCGAGGCGACGACCCAACACAAGGACUGGUCCACCCUGGUGACCAACAAGGUACCGGUUCUCGCGUAUUAUCCGUCGACCACGCCGUCAUCGCUGGAACGACCGGUGGAAGUGACGCCGGCCUCCAUAAAGAGCAUCAUCACUACCAGUCAACCCGGUGAUGGUCGCUCAGGCAAUCACGCGUCCUACUACUUUUACGAGGAAUCGAGCGACGAAAAUUCGGGUCGCACAGCGGACCCGUCAACCGUUUACCACGAGACCACUACCAAGUCGCCGUAUUACAACGUUGAAACGUCGCGAUCACAGCAAACUUCUGAGAAGAAAAAGCAUUACUACAAUGUCGAGACGGUCGCACCGGUCAAAACAUCGAGUGACUAUAAGAUGAAGCUGAUCGACAACAUCGUCAAGAACUCGCAUACGUUCCACUACACCGAUGAUGCGGGAGUAACGCCAUCGAAACACACGGACAGUACUUUGCAAGACCAGAAUCAGCCCAUGCUGGCCGACGAAGCGCCCGUGUACUAUCAGCCCGCGCGCCCGAACCAUUCGUUGUACUACACAACCCCGAAGCCGCAGACGUACUACCGACAGAACACGAAACCUAAGCCAAUCUAUCAAUACAGCUUCCAGGUAGCGGAUUACUCGAAACGUGGCGGUGGCCGCGGGACAUCGUAUCACGAGGAACAACUGCAGCUGCGGCAGCAACAGCAAGAUGUGUCAUACGGUGAAUCGUACCAAGAUGUUCAAUCCGGUACUCUCGGUACUCGGCAAUAUGCCUACGAGGAUAUCAGCUCGCCGCGAGGACAUCAGCAACCACCGCCGUUGAAACGCAUACCGUACAGUAAGGCGCAACAUCGACCACUCGUUUAUCCUACGAGUGCUACCACGAGAUAUCCAAUCGCGGACACAACAACGGCGAAUCCGCAGCACGCCUACUUCACGCAGCAGGACGAGAGACUACUGGACGACGUAACAAAGGAGUACUUCACGAUUUUCGGCAAGAAACUGCCGGACACGAGGAUACCGAGUACGACUCCGAUUUAUGGGAAAUCGAGCAGUACUACGGAGAAACCCUUGAACACUUACGUGUCUACAAACAUCUACAAGACUGGUCAGUCGGUGACCCACAAGGCACCCAACGUGAAGGUACGCUAUGGCGAUCAAUCGCAACGACCGUAUUCCCUGAAAGACGACACUUUGGUGAACUAUCGAAGACCCUUGCCGCCGAUUAAUCCAGAUAGCGAGUUCAUCGAGGUGAUCGAGCCGAAACCUCGGCCACACCAAUCUCCCGCUUCGUUAUCCGACUACGAGUUGCGGACGGAGAACUACCGAUUGCGGAAUCCGACUUCUCGUUACGCAGUGCAUGGAACGGUACAGCCGACUGGGCACACGAACAAUUUCGUACCAGUGGUUGGGUCGAGAGAAGAACUGGAGGAUGUUGGGGAGCCCGUGUCGCUGCUGGACGACAUCGAGGUCAACUAUAGGGAGCCGCGUCCCGCCGUGAACCCCGACGCGGAAUUCAUCGAUCCCGUCACCGUGCAGGACAAUCAUUCGGACAAUCCGAACGCGUACUUCGCGUACCGGCUACCCGGAGACGUCGGCCACUUCUACUUCCUGACGCCGCAGGCGGUCACGCAACGGCAGGACGACGGUUACAUCUAUCCAAAGCCGCGGGGACCGAGAUUACGGAGGCGGCGUCGAGGUGACGCCUGAAGCGCGACAUGCGUUUCCGAUUCGGCACCCGCACGAUGCCAUAAUCUCGUGAAUGUCGCCCGCGUACGCGCGACGAUAACAUUAACAUAUUUAUUGUACUUGUAAAUACGACUCGAUUAAGUUAGAUUAAUUAGAGAGCCACGUUGUUUUACGAGAAA